ACCAUUUUUAUUGUUAACUUAACUCUAACUGCUAGUGUAGUAAUAAAUUAUUCAAUCAUUUCUAUCAUUUAUUUCAAAUUUCAGGAAUAUUAUACAAAUACAUAUUUGAGAUCAGAAUGUCGACAGGAGUCAAGCAUGGAAAAAAUUUAACUAUGCCAAGGCAUGUUGAUUUACAUUCAUCAUCGAAUCCCAAUCAAGUAAUGCACGCUAAUAAUGGUGAAUUUCAGGACAAACCGCGAUUGGCCAUCUGCAUUUGUCAAUUGCGUCAACCAAUUAAGGUUCCAUGCAAACUCAAACAUAUGGCUGUAAUCGACGGAAAGAUGCAUGGCUGUGUUUCUUACGAAGCUUAUUAUGAAGAUAAAACUGAGAACUUGGAACUUAACAAAGACAAUUAUCCAAUACUUGAGCCAGUGCCUGGUGUUCCCUUUGCGGCUGAUCUGCGAAAAGACGCUGCCAAAGAUAAGAUAAAGAGAGAUUGGCAGUGCCCUUAUUGUGGUUAUUGCUCCACAAAAUAUAUCAUUAACCGUCACAUAAACUCAAGGAAGGACGAGAAAAACGAUGGGAAAUUCGUACGGCCAUCCUGUACCGCAAGAAGGGAAGCAGAACCAUUUGCUGAUGAUUUUGCAGAGUGGCCGCAAGCCCUACGAAAACCGGUCAAAUUAAACAACAAGUACCGUAAAUAUGCAAAAAUGUGAAUUAAAUUUCAUUCUAUUUGAUUCAAUUCUCUCUUGCAAUAUAUUCAAAAAGUAUUGAAAAUAUACUAAAAAUCUGAACUGUUAGAUUAAUAAAAAAUUCAUGAUUUCAAUAAUUUUGUAA